GCUUUCCCCCGGGAAGAAGGAGAGGAAGAAGAAGAGCAGCGGCGGCAACGAACAAAUAUGACGGAAAAUAGAUGGAGUAUAUAACAGCUGUCAUUAAUUUUUGCAAAAUUGUAGACGAAGCUCAGCUGAAAAGGUCCAACGUAUAAGAAUCGAAUUGGAGGAUUCUGGGAAAUCCGUCAGGCAAUCCAGAUUAUCUUUAUUUUAACAUAAUGGCGGGGACAUUCAAGUCCGUCUUCGAUGCUUCCUUUAUCACUGCUGAAUUCCUGAAUGCCCAAAUCAACGCGCACUUCAUCCCUCUCAUCUGGAAGUAUGUGUUACAGAACCCUAAUUGCCAGUGGGAGGAUAUUCCAUCUUUGCCUGCGUCAGCUUACCCUCUGCUUCGGUCCAAGUUCAAGCCUUCCACCUCCACCCUCCACUCUGUUAUUCACUCCACCGACCAGGUCACCACCAAGCUCCUCAUCAAAUUACAGAAUGGAGCAUUUGUGGAGGCUGUGAUCAUGAGAUACGACACACGUUUGGGAAAAUAUAAUGGAAAGGCUCGUCCUGGUGGCCCAAGGUCCACCUUAUGUAUAUCCUCUCAGGUCGGAUGCAAAAUGGGUUGCAAGUUCUGUGCAACCGGAAGCAUGGGAUUCAAGAACAACCUCUCGACAGGAGAAAUAUUGGAACAGUUGGUGCAUGCCUCUCACCUGUCAACUAUUCGUAAUGUUGUUUUCAUGGGAAUGGGGGAACCACUGAAUAAUUACUCUGCCCUGGUUGAAGCUAUUAGAGUUAUGACAGCUUCACCAUUUCAACUGUCUCCAAGGAAAAUUACUGUCUCGACGGUUGGCAUUAUUCAUGCUAUCAAGAAGCUCCAGCAUGAUAUCCCAAAUUUAAACUUAGCUGUCUCACUGCAUGCACCUGUUCAAGACAUUCGAUGUCAAAUCAUGCCUGCAGCACGUGCUUUUCCCCUGGAUAGACUAAUGGAUGCACUGGCAGAAUAUCAAAAGAAAUGUCAGCAGAAAAUUUUUAUCGAAUACAUAAUGCUUGAUGGUGUGAAUGAUGAGGAGCAGCACGCUCACAAGCUUGGCAAAUUGCUCGAGACAUUUCAAGUGGUUGUGAACCUGAUUCCUUUCAAUCCAAUUGGUGAUCUAAGUCACUUCAGAACCAGCCAGGAAGACAAAGUCACCAGAUUCCAGAAAAUACUUCGGGAAGUCUACAAUAUUAGAACGACAGUUCGUAAGCAAAUGGGCCAAGAUAUAAGUGGCGCAUGUGGUCAGCUGGUGGUUGACCUACCAAAUAAAAGGUUUAAUAGUGGAGAUCUGGUGACUGACAUUGAAGAUCUAAAUAUGUAAUCAAGAACGUUUUAGGGUUCAAAGUUUUAGUUGACGAGGUACCAAUGACAGUUUUGCUUCUUUCACAGUGGGUCAACCAAAUUCGGCUUGGUUUCAGAAAUCAUGGUAUUUCUCUGGUUGUGGAUUAGAAUCCCAAAAUUGAUCCGAUAUUUGGCUUGCAGCAGUAGGUACCCUUUGUAGACUGUAGCUCUACCAAAUUGUCCUUGUUUAGAAGAUAGUAUUCAUACUGCUUUACUGCAGUCUAGAUUCUGGAACCAAAUUUACUCCUUUAUGUGUGUAGUUCACAAUUUCAUGCGCUUUAGAUGAUGUUUAAAAUGCCGUCUGAAGGAAUUGCAGCAAUCUUCAAGAUUCUUGAAAUGCUUUAUAUAUGUAUAUUUGUUGCGAUGGAAAAUCGAUGUUGUCG